AUGAAGCAACGCAGGUUGUUGAGGUUUCACAGCCUCAAGCGGGGUCGUGUCCGCCAAACGUGGAACAAGUACAACUUGUUCAACAUCUGGCGACUUCGAGAACCCCACCUCACGCUCAAGACCCUUUUCCAGCAGAAAUGGGGUGCCAAGUCGGCCACCCGCUCCUACCACGGCGAGCACAUCAAGGAGUAUCAAUGGAAUACCAUGUUCAACCGUCGUGUGCUCUCGGCGGUCAAUAUGGACCCGAAGUACAUGGCCCAGUAUGACGGCAGCGAGCAAGCCACCGGCCGCGGCUCCGGCAGGCUGUCACGGCCAGACAAGAAAGACGGGCCGCGGAAUCAAGGGAACCGCUCUGGGCCGACACCAUACGGUCAGAUGGUUUUCGCACCGAUGGAGCGCCGUCUAGAUAUUGCCAUCUUCCGUGCCCUCUUUGCCAGUAGCGCGAGACAGGCUCGCCAAUUCGUUCUACACGGCGCCGUAACGGUGAACGGGAAAAAGAUGACCUAUCCCGGAUACCUCCUGAACCCAGGUGACAUGUUCCAAGUCAAAAUGGAGCGGGUACUACUGGCGACCGGCGCGGCGAAACGGGGGAAGAAGGGCGAGGGAGCGGCGGCUGAGCCAAAAGAAGCACCCGAGCCCGCCGAACCCGCCGAGCCAGCCGAGCCAGCCGAGGGUGAGGAAGGUGAAAAGGCUGACGGCGACGCUGCCGCGCCCGCUGCCAAAGCUACCGACACCGCCGCUGCAAAGAAGGACCAAGAGGCCCUCCUCAAGCGUCUCCGCGAUCUCGCCCACAGGUGGAGGACUCUCAACGGGCUCGAUAACAGCAAAUGGGGAAGCGAAGCGGCCAAAAGGCGCGCGUUAGCCGACCAACUCAAACAAAUCCGUGAGCUGAUCCGACCGCUCAUAUCGUCUCAAGACGCCGCCCCCAAGCCCGACGACCCUUCGGUAUCCGAGGCGGAUAAGGUCGACCUCGAGAUGUCCCAGCUCAUGUCCUACCUCAAGCUCUCGGCCCCCCAGCAAAUUGCCAAAACCACCGAGCUCUCGAAAGCGGGUGCUGAGAAAAAGAUCUUUAGCCAAUGGGCCAAGUACCAAGAAAGCCGACGGAUAGAACGCGAGUUGGCCAAAAGCAAAGAAGAAGCCGCCACCGCUGCUACUACUACCGAUGCCACCGCCACGCCAACUCCCACAACCGCGACCUCAACCCCGACUCCCCCAACCCCAUCGCCCGCCGCCAAACCCCCCAUAUCCUCCUCCUACCUCCCCUUCUACGACCAAGCCGUCAUCUUCCGCGCCAUGCGCCAGGAACGCCAAAACCCCAAGGACAGCUCCAAGCCCUACGCCACGCCCUGGCGCGCCCGCGACUACAUGGCCCCCUUCGCCUUCAUCCCGCGCUACCUCGAGGUCAACCAGCGCAUCUGCGCCGCCGUGUACCUGCGUCACCCUGUUGCGCGUCCCGGCCUGGCUGAGGUGCCGACUCCCUUCCCGCCGGUUGUGUCGCAGCUGGCGCAUAACUGGUAUCUCAAGAGGCGUUGA